AUGGCGACGUUUCAGGAGGAGCCUCGGCUCCCGGAGCUGUUGGAAACCAGCAUACAACUUCUGGAGGAGGUGGAAGCUGCCACCCAACCUACAAGCUCCAAGCAAAUCCAAGACAAGGUGAGGAGGGCCUUGGAACUCCUGGCGAAGGCCUCGGGCAUGGUUUCGCAACUUGAUUUGUUCAGCCGGAACGAAGAUUGGGAGGAGAUUGCGUCUGCUGACCUCAAGUACCUGAUGCUCCCGGCCCUGAAGGGCACGUUCACGCUGAAGCUGGUAGGCACCAGCCAGCGCCUCUACCACCUGCAGGAGGCUCGAGACCACUUCAUGAGCUUCCUAACCCAGAGCCACAGUUACCAUGUGGCUGAGUUUCAGCUGCCCCGGGCCCAGAGCGGCUCACCGGAAGGCAACCCCUCCCCCGCCGCCAGGUCCGCCACGCUGCAGCCCAACCUCGUUGCCAUGGCAUCCCAGAGGCAGGCCAAAAUCCAGAGGUACAAGCAAAAGAAGGCAGUGGAGCAGAAGCUGUCUGCUCUGAAAUCAGCGGUGGAGAGCGGUCAGGCUGACGACGAGCAGGUCAGGGAGUAUUACCUUCUUCAACUCCGCAGGUGGAUUAACAUCAGCUUGGAUGAGAUUGAGAGUAUCGACCAGGAGAUCGAGAUCCUGAAGGAAAGAGACCCCUCAGGUGUGGCAUCAGCUUCUUCCUUGUCUCCUCAGGAGAGGCCGCCAGUAAAACCCUUUGUCCUCACUCGGAGUGUUGCCCAAGCACAAGUCUUUGGAGCUGGGUACCCAAGUCUGGCAACUAUGACAGUAAACGACUGGUACGAACAGCACAAGAAAUGUGAGGUCUUACCAUCAAGUCCGGAAGCAGAAAAGCAGGCAACACCACCUGAGUCCCUCAGAGCAUCCCAACAAGACAAGCCGGAGCUGGAGCAAAAUGAAGACCAGGAAGAUGAAAAAACCCUCCACAGGAUGCAACAGUGGGAUGACUGGAAGGACACCCAUCCUAGGGGUUAUGGGAACCGGCAGAACAUGGGCUAACCUCCUUUCAGUGUAAAAGGACAAGGACAAUGGAGCAGUCACCUUCCCAGACAUGGAAACCCCUGUUCUCUUCCCUCUCUUGGGCCCCUGCCUCAGGUGUGUGCAACAAAGGCAAAGAUGCUGAAUCUUGCUUUGUAUUCAAUAAAGCACCACUAUCAGGUUUUAUUUGCACCCUAGUUCAUGUCCGGUGCUCUCGUUCAGGCCAAAUUCUCACCAUGGUGCAUUGCAGUUUCUUGAAUGAAUCGAAUGAGUGCUAAGAAAUGGAUGUAUAUGAUCAUUGACUGUACGAUUUCUCCUUUAAAAAAUAAAAUCCCGUUUCUUGGAAAAAAAAAUAUAUCCAGAGAGAACAUUCACGUAAGUUUCAUUACACUAUGUUUUUAAUUAUUGCUAAUAUCUGGGACUCACAUAAGCCACUACAAAUAUGUGUAUUUUGCAAAAUGUAUCGUUUAUGUAAGAUUGGGUCGUCUCUAAGUGCAGCUG